CUCUGAGCGGGAGAUGCGGAAGUGUUCCUGUCAGUCGGGGCCUGAGAACGAUGUGAGCACUUCCGGCGGCUGGCGGUCUCCGUUCCCCGGGCUGGGAUGUGAGGAGGGGCUGCGGCCGGGACAGGUCAAAAUGACAGAAUCCUCGACGGAGCCCAUUAUAGCUUUAAAGAAAUUGCACUCGUCUGGAUUUGGUUGGAAAAUGUAAGCGCGUGUUGGCCCCGGCAGGAAGUACACAGCUUAUUCAUGUCUGCGCGGUAGAACCACAGAGCACUUGUGAUGAGAUGGAGCCUGGAAUGAACACUUUCCGUGUCGAGUUUCCAGAUUUCUCAAAUACCAUCCUCCAGAAGCUGAAUCAGCAGCGCCAACUGGGACAGUUAUGUGACAUUUCCAUUGUGGUACAAGGCCACCUCUUUCGAGCCCACAAAGCCGUCUUGGCAGCCAGCUCCCCAUAUUUUUGUGACCAAGUUUUGCUUAAAAACAGCAGGAGGGUGGUACUUCCUGACGUCAUGAACCCCAGGGUCUUUGAGAACAUCCUCUUGUCCUCAUACACUGGAAGGCUGGCAUUGCCCCCUCAGGAGAUUGUAAGCUAUCUGACUGCAGCAAGUUUCCUUCAGAUGUGGCAUGUCGUAGACAAGUGCACGGAGCUCCUGGAAAGUAACCCAACGCUUUUGUGCCAGAAAUCCAGCAUCAGUAAUGACCACCAGUCUCCCAGCAGCAGCAAUUACAACGGUAUAGGCGAAAGCUUCGAGAUUUCGUGUGCCCAGCCAGAGUUUAGGAAGGGUGAGGAGAUACAAGAUGGUGAAAAUGAAGAUGACAGCCCAAAGGAUGAUGAACUAUCGUCUCAACUCACUGAACAUGAAUACCUGCCCAGCAACUCUUCCACUGAGCACGACCAGUUGAGUACAGAGAUGGCCAGCCAAGAUGGGGAAGAGGGUGCCAGCGACAGUGCCGACUAUCACUAUUCCCGUCCUCUGUACAUCAAGCCAAGCAUCAUGGCUCACAAACGGUGGGUCCACGUAAAGCCCGAAAGGUUUGAGCAGGAAUGUGAAGGUGUGGAAGUGCACCCACCCUUUGAGGACCAUGUUUCAGAGUCUGUCAACUUGACACAGGCUGACCCUCCUAUCCAGUCUUCAGGUGUUGUAGACAGUUUUGAGUUCUGUAAUAAGAAGGUAGCAGAGCCGGAAGGACACGGCAGCGGCAACAACAACAACCGUUACAACGACCAUGUUGAUUUUUACGGAUCAUCUAUGGAAGAGUUUUCGGCAGAACGUGAGGAACAUCUUGAGGGACACGGCACAGAAAGCACCUCAGGAGGCUUUGGGGAAGGCUUGGAUGUUUCUACCGGUAUUAAAGAAGAAUCGUCAUCCUCUGGCUUUACUGCAGUCGUCUAUAAACUGUAUCCUUGCCAGUGCGGAAAAAGCUUUACGCACAAGAGCCAGCGGGAUAGACACAUGAGCAUGCACCUCGGCCUCCGACCUUAUGGAUGCGGGGUGUGCGGUAAGAAGUUCAAAAUGAAGCAUCACUUGGUCGGCCACAUGAAAAUACAUACUGGGAUUAAGCCUUAUGAGUGCAAUAUAUGUGGCAAGCGCUUUAUGUGGAGGGACAGUUUUCAUCGACACGUAACUUCUUGUACCAAGUCCUACCAUGCUUCGAAAGGAGAGCAGGCCCAGGCCGAGAGCUAAACCCGGCUGUGUCUUUGUAUACUCGUGUACAGGAAGAAGCCUCUCACCAUCCCUUUUGGCUUAGCAAACACUAUACAAAAUACGUUCAAGCAAUAAGCAAGUUACAAAGUCCGCAAUAGUAAUUUCAAUUUGGUGUCUGCUAUUGGAACAAGAGCCAAACUGAUGAAAUAUUACCAGGGUAAAAGCUAUAGGUAUAUGUGACACGUGAAGGGGACAUUCCAUGACCAAGCAUCCCUAUAAAAUGGGUUGUUUCAUGUGGAUAUCCCUUUUUGGAAAUUAAGCUGAUCCUGUGAUCACCUGAGAUCAUCAGGGGAUGUUGCUCCCAGCCGUGUGGUUUUUCUGCAGCGGCCACUACUGGGGAAAUGUAGUAUUGCAUGCCAUGCAAAGUAAUGGCAGUCCUUCUAAUAUAUAUGGACAGGCGUUUCUAGUUGCCCUGGUUCAUAGAGAGGGAGGGGUGCCAAGCGGAGGAACCCCCUUGAUGACGAUACGCCGUAAUAAGGUAUAUAGAUAGUGAGUAAGGGGUUCCCAGGGAGCUCUUCUAGCGUUUACCCUAUUAUUCCAUACUACAAACUAACAGAAAAAAUUACAUUAUUUAUUUUAAUUUUUUCUUAUUCAUAUUUUUCAUUUUUUUUUUUUUUUUUUGGAACAUUUGAGAGAUUUCCACCUAUGUUAUGUUAUCAUUUUAGGGAUUCUCUGCUUUCACAUGCCCUAGUAGGGCAAACAAUUUCAUUUUUGAGUAAUUUUUAUUUCUUUUUGUAAAUCACAAUAGCAGGCACCAAAUUCUGGUCCUAAGCCUCCCCCUAUUGCUGGUUAGACCAUUGGGUCUCGUAAAUUCUGUCUGAUAAUCCUGUCUGUGCUUGGACGAUGGGAAGCAAUGGAAGCGAUACUUGACCACAGAGACGUGAUCACAUUGCAUCUUUACUGGGAAUAAUCCUAAGUUUGUAACACAGAAUGUGUGUAAUUUUUUUUAAUUUUUUUGGUAUUUUUAUUUUAUUUAUAAUAUGACUAAUUGCACCUUUUUAUUUUGCGUGCACUGUAAUGUACAAUGCACCAUGGAAAACCUUUCUAUUGCAAUAUUUGGAGGACAAGUCUGUAAUAAUAUUUGCCCCUUAUGUUGGAAGCUGACACAAAGACCUUCAGGCCCUUUCUAAAUGUAUUACGGUAUUGUGUGACUCUGUGGGCAAAAGCUAAAAAAAAAAAAUCGGAGGUGCCCACCCUACUCUACAAAUUCUCACUGAUGUGAUGUGGUUCCCAUUCUCAACAGUGUUGCAGCUCGCCUGCUCAUACUGGUUACUGGCAGUGCCCUGGAACCUGUAUAGGGAAUGACUCGCUGCACAUAUAUGCAUAUUGAGUCAUUCCUUAUACUGGUUCCUGGGCAGGUCACGUCAGCUGCUGAGUGGCUUGGCAGGGGAUACAAAGGUGUGAAGUUAGCAGUACGGUGGGCACUUUAAGUAAUGGGGUGUCACAGCACUUUUUUUGGACACUUCUGGAAGACGUGGUAUUUGCUAAGUGUCAAACUGGUAAGUAGGCAAGAAGCGUUUGCUUGUUCUCUGCCCCUUAUGAAGAGCGUUGUAUUCCUACAGGCCAUAUCAUUAUAGGAUCAUCCCUUUCUGAACAGGUUUCGUGUAACCCCCUUCCCCCACACUGGUUAUAGCUGUUCAAUAGUCCACAGAUUGGUAUUGUUUAGUGGUCCCUAUUGAUGAGUGGUCAGCCAUCUGACAAUUGUACAUUAGUCCUAACAGAUGACUUUCUAUUGUCUCCAAUUUGGACAUAAGCUGAAAUAGAUAGCACUUACUUGAAUAAUAUACAUAUACAUAUAUAUAUAUAUUAGUUCGUUAUGAAGGUUGUUUAAAAGCGUAUGUUUGCAAUUGCGGCAGGUCUCCGAGAUGAAGCCAGCUGAAACUCACCUCUACUAUAACUAUUGCGGAUGACAUUGUCACAUGUCGUGUAUUUUCACCUAGAUAUAAUCUACUCGGAUAUAUAAUGUACUCAUAUGCUCAUCUUCUACUCCAUUCACAUCCAGAGCUGCAUUUGUAAUUCUCCAGGUUGCUGCUUCUUGGAAUAUGCCAGUAUAGUUCUGUCUUACACCGCCCCAGUGGCUUGGCUGAGCUCGUAUAUUGCCCUGCGCUGUGUCGUGUAUUGCAUUUAGGAAGAUGUACAGUUGCAAGAAAAAGUAUGUGAACC